AAACCCAUGGCAUGGGGCAAGUUCCUCCGGUCGAUGGUCCGACGCGGGCCGUUUGACCCGCGGCAUUACCUUGUCCAUCCUUCACGAGCGAACGGAAAGCACUCGUAUCAAUGCCGCCCUUCCAAUACAUCGUCGACCGCGAGCCACAUCUGGGGCCCGCCCCUACCCAACGCCGCGAAGGUCGACACCCAACUGGACACGCACCUCUUUGCGCUCUACUUUCUCGUGACCGAGACGUUGGCGACGUUUCUGUGGCUGUCGAUCGCCGCGCAUUGUCUUCGCGGCACGCGCGUGCCCUUCCUGUCGCUCCCCAUGCGCUUUGUGGUCGGAUGUUUGUACUGCGUGGUCAAGCUCGCGUUGCUCGAGUACGCGUUCCAUGCGUCGUUGUACUUCCACAUCUCUUUCAUGGUCGCGAUCAUCUACCUCGUGCUGUCAACCCUGGCGUGGGGAUGGCAUCGCGGGCCGCUCUGGUUUCUGUACUACAUGAACCCUCCGCGCCUCUUCCAGCCGUUCUCGAUCCACGGAUGCAUCCAACACAUCGUGUACUUGGUCUUUCAGUGCAUUGCGUCCCCCACCACCACGACGGCUCGGCCCCCACCGACGCCUCGCCCGUCCCAGCACACGGCGUCGUCGCCAUCGCGUUCCGGCACGCCGUCUUCCGCCGUGUCCACCCCGUUGAACGUUCACAUGAUGGGUCAUUUUCUUCACGUUCCGCUGCGGUUGGACAUUUGGAACUCGACCUUGACGGAGCAUUGGCGCCAAGCGAUCUUGUACUACGGCGACGACUGCCGCCAUCGCCGCCUCAGCCCCGAUAUGUCUGCCACCGAAGCGCGCCUCCUCGUCGCCAUGGAUGCGAACGGACUGCUCUUGCAUUUUUACUUGACGCCACCGGACGCGACAACUGUCCACGCGUUGUCUCGCAUGGCAGCGGACGGCGGCGCGGCCGUGACGGUGCUGGAGCUCGUGCUGCGAUACCACAACCAUUCGAGCUCGACGCGGUCGACAACCCACAUGCAAUUUCAAAAGCUGCCGUACGUAUACUACGCCACCAACCCGAUCUCGAGCGCGCGCCUCACCCGCAUGCAACGCACGGCCGUCGUCCAUCUGCUGCAGCGACUGAAUGUGAACCCAGCGAUCGGGUGCGACCACAUCUCCCCCGUGCGACCUCAUCGUCGUUGGAAAUGUAGCCACGCGAUUCCGCUGCGGAUGCUGCAGUGCUCCAACUUUCUGACGCUCCCCCUCACCAAGGCGGCGUCCCGACCCCGUCGAUCAUCCCACCACGCCAUGUCGUCGGCGGACCUCGAGUCCAUUUUGGGCUGACUUUGAACAAUACACGACACUUGUUGGCA